UAUAUAUGUUAAAAUAUAUUCUCAGAUGGUAAAACGCGAGCUUCCAAACUUACAGUACCAUUACGAGGUGUAUCAAAAGUCACGUGAAGUAGAGCGAAAACUUGAGGUUAGUAAUCAUUUGUUAAAAGGUUAAAAUGAAAUAUAUUUCAAUAUUCUAUUAUCUCAUGUGUAUGGAAUAAUACACUGGGAGAAAGUAGAACAAAAGGAUUGAUCAUAUAUCCGCAGAAGUCUAAGCGCUCCAUGAGACGAGCCAUAAAUAUUUACAACUCUAGAGUGCAACGCAUAGUCUCACGACUGCGAAGAGUACGACACACUAUACAUACUCCUUCUUCGUCGUUGAAUAAUUUACGGCGUCUAAUUAUGGCCAGCAGCCAUAGAUCGCCAUCGAUCGAGCAACUUAUGUCUGUAUGAGACUUGGAGGAUGGUCUUGGCUCGAAAUCGUCUCCUUAAGGAGUUGAAGGAGUCAAGUCGUACUGAUGACCCGAAUAUACGUUUGGAACCGGUUAACUCAAACAUACAUCAUUGGCAUGCUUACAUUAGGGGUCUAAAGAACAGUCCCUACGAAAAGGGUAUUUUCAAGUUGAAUAUACUCUGCCCUCCGAAUUAUCCAAUAAAUCCUCCUGCGGUGAAAUUCAUAACCAAAUGCUUUCAUCCAAACAUCAAUUUUGAAACAGGAGAGCUUUGUAUGGACAUUCUGAAGUCCAAUUGGAGCCCUGCUUGGACAUUGCAGUAUUUAUGUAAAGGCAUAACGUACAUAUUGGACGACCCCAAUGCAGAUAGUCCUUUGAACUGUGACGCUGGUAACCUUAUUAGAUCAGGUGAUCUCAUUGGUUAUCGUAGCAUGGCAGAGAUGUACACGGUUGACUGUGCACUUGACAAGUUCCCAUAAUUAUAUAGAUGU